CGAAAAACAGACGAUGGUAUUUCCUAGCUAGCAGCAAACAGUCACACAUCGCCACAAAAACAUAAACAAAUAAAACGAUUUGAAGAUGAAUCCGCUAACAAAUAUGAAAAAUGUGCUCAAACUGAGCGAACACGAACUGCAACAUGGCGGAAAGAAGAGCUGGCACGACAUGUACAAGGACUCAGCCUGGAUUUUCGUGGCAGGAUUUCCGUAUACGCUAACUGAGGGCGACUUGGUUUGCGUAUUCUCGCAGUACGGCGAAGUGGUCAACAUCAAUCUAAUUCGAGACUCAAAAACGGGAAAGUCCAAGGGCUUCUGCUUUCUGUGCUACGAAGAUCAGAGAUCCACAGUGCUGGCCGUGGACAACCUGAAUGGCAUCAAAAUCCUCGAUAGGACACUGAGGGUCGAUCACGUGGCCGACUACAAGCCUCCCAAGGAAAACGAGAAGAUGGACGAGGAAACCCUGCGCCUUUACAUGGAGGGCUGUGCGCCGAAACCUCAACUUCAGCACAUCAAGACUGAGAAGAAAGACAGCAAAAGUUAUAGACGAUAAGGCGGAUAGCUUAAAUAUAGCAAACCAGUAAUUUAAGGUGGAAGAAUGAAGUGGCUUUCCAACCUAUCAUUCGCCAUCUGCGCUCGCAAAGGAGUCAUCAUCAUCAUCCUCAUCCUCUUCUUCCUGACCUUCCAGUUCCUUCAGAAUCCUUCGCUUGUAGCGCUCAUAGGCGCUGCCCCUCUCCCGGUCGACAUUGUAAAAGUCCACGUCGUCUACAAACGAGUCUUCCUCAGUGUCGAUCGUGUGCACAUAGGGAUCGCGAAAGGCUGCAUAGUCGUCAUCUUCGCUAGUGCUGGCAAACUCAUCCUCAUCGUCAUCUGGAAGAAACAUAUGCAUAUUCAUAAGCGCAAUCUAUGCAAACAGUUAACCCAGAUCUUACCGAGCAUAAACUUGUUCAUUUGCCGACACAACUCAUCAUCCGAACCCAUGGCGCCCGCUUCGUCGUCGUCCGGGUAAUCAUUGGUAAAGUAGUUCUCCUGGUUCGAGUCCUCCGAGUCGUAGUCCUCGUCCUGGUCGUUGUAGCAAUCUUCUAGCACAAUCUCGCCCACAGGAAUCACUCUGCGGAAUAGUCCAAAUAAUUAGUGGGUUUAUUUCGAUUCUUUGAUCGCGUAGCACUUUCAAAUUGAAACACAGCUAAGUUUGUCACGUAUUUUGAGGGUUUCUUUAUUUAGUUUAUAUUCGAUUUCGGGCAACGCUAGGCCCCAACAGAAAUAAAGCAAAACAAACUAAAACUAUGCACUUAAUUAGACUUCGGCACUAGUGUUAUCCGUUUUUUAUUGUCGGAAUGGAAAAAGAACAAAAAAGGCAACUGACAACUGGCGGAAACUAAACGAAAAAUGCUCGGUGAGCUGUUUUUCAAAAAAUGCGGUGUGUGCGUGUUCGUGUGUGGGGGUAAAUUAUUCUAAUCUAAUAGCUAAUUAAUUCUAUUAACAUAAGGUAAUGAGAGACAUUUGCCUAAAACGAUUCCAAGUAGAGCACUAAUUGUGCGUUUUUAGCAGGAUACAUCUUAAUUUUAUUAAAAACUUUGGCAAGAGGGAAAUUUGGGAACUUUACAUAACUAUGAUACAUUAUUUAAACUAAGAAGUUUUCAUCUAACAUAUUUAUAAAUGGAAUAUGGCAUAGCAUAAUUGUCUUAGAAUUGAACGGAAUCUCACAGUAACAAAUCAAAUAAAUAGCUUCCAGAAUCAUUAGUUUUCAGAUCAUGCCGUGUUAUCUCAUAAAAACAACGUUUUAUCGGUAGUUUUGGGCAUUUGUCAGAUGCUGACUGUAAUGAACUAUAAGUGAUGUGAGUUGCCAGUUGCAGUCCUUUUUUAUUGUCGUGGGUGGGGCGUUGGGUGUCCUGUCCUCACACUUCCUAAGUGCCUGCGGCUUUGUCUGUCUCUCUCCAUUUAGUUCUUUCUUGUUUACCAGUAGCAGUUGUUGUAGUAAUUAAACGGAUAAUACAACCUUAUGGAGAACGAACGAAUCGUAUUAUUGAGCUGUAGUGAUUGCAAUCGUGUCUAGAUGGUAAGGAUAAUAUGCAAGUAUGAGACUGCGCCCGAGGACAACGAACACAGACACACGCACAGCCACGCCCACACAGAUACGCCCAUAGCACCGACACACAGACACACCGCUUAGAUAUAUAUAUUCCAUAUAGUACAUAAGUGUAGUGGUGAUCGAUUACAUAUAGUAGUUGGUAAUGCUCAACGUUUUCUGUGGCUCAAUUUGAAUGACAAACCUUAAGUAGUUGUCGUCCAUCAUGUCCACAUAUGCCGCCUGCAUCUCGUUCUCGGGAACAUAUAGAUCGUACACAUAGCCCACGUCCGAAUCGGCCGGCUGCUGCUGAUCCUGGCUGGGUGUCAUCUCCUGCUGCUGCUGCUUCUCAGCUGCUGCAUUUUCAGUGCCCGUCUGCUGUUGCUGCGAUUCAAUGUCCACGAUGGUUAUGUGGUUGCUGGACUCCUGACUCUGGCUCUCCGGGCAUUCCGCAGCUGCGGCACUGUUUUCGAGCGUGCUGCGCAGGCAGUUUACGACCCGGAAACGCUGCUCCCGUGAGUUCUCCUGGGCCUCCUGCCGCUGGCGAUCUCUGCGCAGCGCACUGGCAAUGGCUGCAUCGUUGGAGCGCUGCUGUUGCACCAGCUCACGUGCUGCGGUCUUGUUCAGCCUGGCAGCGGCGAAUUUACGAGUGGCACAGUCGUCCUGGGAAAGAGGCAUACAAAUCAACGUUAGAAACUGUGCGUUUGACUUACUAUAUUUCUUAACCAUUGUAGAUUCAUUACCAAUAACCAAACUCGAGCUAUCUUUUAUGGGCUUUUGCUAUGAUAAAUGUGCAUUCACUUUAUAGAUAACAGGCCAGUACCUUUAACUAAGGUUAAAGAUCACUACUGACUGAUAAGCAUUAUUAAAAUUGCACACAUAUAUUUCAUUAGGGAAACACAAAUCAGUUCAAUGAGUGCAUUUUGGCAGAGAUUAGCUAGCCCAUAUCUUUGUGCAUCUCAAAGAUGAGGACGUUGACCUUUUUGUAAGCAACAUUAGGAUUCCCUACAGCGUGCCUUUGAGCCAAAGCAAUAUAUAGAAAGUAGUGGCCACCAAGGGCAUGUAAAUUAUAUCUACGGUUGCUUCUCUAAGACCCCAAUCCUACCUGCUUCUCCAGCGUGCCGGCAAACUUGAGCACGGUGGUCAGUUCGUCUUUGUCUGAUGCCGUUGCUCCCGCCACCGCUCCCGCGUCCACCAGGGCGUUCUCAUCGUUGUGGAGGCGCCGCCGCUUGCCGUUCAGCACAAAUGCCGUGUGCGGCUCCUCGUCGAUGCGUCGCUUGAUUCGCACAACCGCUGGCAUUUUGAUUAAUUCGCAGAAGACGGACGACAAACAACGAAAGGCGAAGCGAAACAAUUAAAAA